UUUUGAAAAUUUGCAGUGCUACGCAGCCAGUUAAAUUUCUACAUAAAUCAAAAAUAGAAUGUCAAUCAUUGGAAUAUAAAAUAAUCAAGCAAUUUUCAAUUGUCUUCCUAAAGUUAUAAUCAUGUUGGAAGAAGAUCUUGAGAUUGCAAUCAAGAUUGUUAUUGUGGGCAAUGGAGCUGUUGGAAAAUCAAGCAUGAUUCAACGUUAUUGUAAAAAUAUAUUUACAAAAGAUUAUAAAAAGACUAUCGGAGUAGACUUCCUUGAAAAAAGAAUAAAUUUAGAUGGCGAAGAUGUUCUUCUAAUGCUGUGGGAUACAGCAGGACAAGAGGAAUUUGACGCUUUAACCAAAGCCUAUUACAGAGGUGCCCAAGGAUGCGUUCUUGCCUUUUCCACAACCGACCGAGAUUCAUUUGAAGCAAUUGAAAAUUGGAAACGGAAGGUUGAAGAGGAAGUUGGUCCAAACAUUCCUACGUGUCUUAUUCAAAACAAAAUUGAUCUUAUUGAUGAUGCAGUUGUCGAACAAGAUGAUGUUGAAAGUCUAGCCAAGAGAUUAAAAUUGAGAUUUUACAGAACUUCAGUUAAAGAAGAUUUAAAUAUUAAUGAAGUUUUUGAUUAUCUUGCGCAACAACACUUGAAGAAAAUUCGCAAGGAAGCUCAAAGGGAAACCGAUGAAAUACAGCCUACAAGGCAAAUUGGUGUUUUCAACACUGCGGGUGGAUCUGCCAACAAAUCAGUUUCAAAUAAUAACAACGGGGCUAAUGCAGGUAGAAACGAUACCAUCACCUUACAACCGAAUAAGUCAAGGGUUGGGAAAAAGAAGUCAGCAUUUUUUUCCAACUGCACUUUGAUAUAGAGAAUAGAUGAGAAGAAUGACCUGUCUGCAAGAGUAUAUUAUGCAUCUAUGAAGAUGAUUGUUCCGCCUUGCUUAUUUUUUUAGGAUCACAUUCUGCUAUCAUUUUUUGUUAGAAGAUUCUAUUUUAAAAAAUUUUUGACCCUGUGAUAUAUUUUGUCAGGAUGCCCGUGGUACUUCCAUUUUGAGUAAUAUGACUACAAUGAAGUGAAAUGGUAACAUAUAAUCCUUUAGACAACUAUGUUAUCUUUAUAUUCCUGGGUUUUUCUUUUUUCACAUUGUUACAAACUUAUGAUUUCAAUGGACCAAAUUACCUAUCCACACUCAUCAUUAUGUUGUUGUUGAACUUUACUAUAAUUAGGCUUUUGAAUAUUUCCUGCAAGCUUAGGAGCAAAGAAAUUGAAUGGAUACAUUUCUCUUCAAUUUAAACCACAUGUAUUAAGAACCUUGUAUUGCUUAUUAAGGCAGCUCCAACUUGUCAUUCCAUCUGGAUAAUUUGAUACAUCCUUUUGUUUCUCGUCUCAUUUGCCAAUGUAAAUUUUAUUUUCGUUGAAAAAUUUUGCUAUGAUAAUGCACAGCAAAUUAAUGUUUAAUCUCUAUAUACCUUGGUGCGUAUUUCUUUAACAAUUUUAUGCACAUUUCUAUUACCUAUGGUAGCCUAUUAAUCUCGUUCUGUAUGUUGCGAUACAAGUUUUAAAUAAUUUUACAGCACUGUUUUCCAGUAUUACUACUAAUACUUUUUAUCUGUUUAUUGGGUGAUUUAUUUGUUUUACAUUUAUAUUCUAAACCCUAUAUGAUUCGUUAAAUUUAAUCAGGCUAUAUUAUAUGUUAUCAAUUAAGACAGCUGAUUUGAAUGAAUACUUCAUGGAAAGUCAAAGUCAAAUUUAAGCGAACUAGCCUGUGGUGUGCUGAGUUUUGCAUGUCAGCUAUUCUCGAAUUGAAAGAAAAUUGCAAGUUUGGUCUUGCUUAUUACUACCUGAUUUACAAUUUUGCACAGAUUGUGAGAAGCCAUAAUGUUUUAAGUCUUAAUCAUAUAAGUAUGAUGCACAAUUGAAAUUAUUUUAGCAUUAGCAAAGGUGCUACCAUGAAACUAUUGGGUCCAAUUUCUGUACUUGAAAUAUAAAUAUUUUAGAAACUA